AUUUCCCUCGUCUUUGGCAAAUUGAAAACUUUUCGCGUCGUCUGGCUCGUCAUUAAUCGAAAGAGCGUUUCAUUUUUUCGAAUUUAGUGCUUUGCAGUUGUGAUUUUUGGACAAUUUUGUUGGAUUCCCCGUUCGUGAGUGUCGAAAAAUGGAGUAAUGCUAAAAAUAUCGCCUGCGAAACCAAGUGAAACACGUCGUCUCGUGGGAAACGAAACGCUCCCGAAGUUGUGGCUGGCAGAACGCGAGGUUUCCGGUAUGUCUGUGACCUCGAUGUUAUCCCGCAUCAAAGAGUUUCUGGAAGGUCGAAAGCGAAAAAGCGACGAGCCGUCAGAAGCAUCAACAACCACUUUUGCCAAAUAUCGUCGAAUCACGGACGAUUUCCCCAAAUUCAUCUCGACGCCGUUGAGUAAUGAUUUUUACCCCAAGGCGGAACCUAUCACGGACAGACUAAGGCAUCCAGUUUACACAAAGAAGACCAUGUCGGAGUCGACAAACAGUGGCAAGCAGAGUGCUUACUUCGGUGCCAACGCCGGCAAGACGCGACUCGAGUUUGCCGACAUAGAGUUUUCUGACGAUGAAGACGAGAUUGACUGGAUCAAUCGCCAGCAGCCGCACAACCACCGGAUCAGCAAUGCCGGCGGCGGAGGUAGCUCCCUCCGGCAUCCGCCACCGUUGGCGAAAAUUAAACCUUCCACCGCACCGAUCCCCUCGUUGUUCCCCAUCCGGACGAAGAUGGUCAACGGAAAUGCCGAAGGGUACAACAGUCGGCAGGAUACGUUCAAGAAACCGUUCGUAUUUAAAUCUCACCAGACUCCGCAGCAGCAACAGCAGCAACAGCAGCAGCAACAGCAGCAGCCGCAAACGCAACAGCAACAGCAACAGCAGACCAAGCGGAACUCGAUCAUAGCGCAGAGCUACGAUCUGACGGAGAUGAACAAGUAUCGUGCACUGCUGAAGCGGUUGCUGCCGAAUCUAUACUCACCGGAGGAACCAUCGUCAUCCAGUGCUGCCACCUCGCGGAAGAACUCCCUACUGCUGUCGUCGGAUGACAUCAACCUGUCCUCGUCGACGGCCAUCAAUCACAGCCUCGGCGGCGAAGGGCACUCGUCGAGAGCCGGACCGUCCACUAGCGGCACGGUACGGUCGAUACCGGUAAUCGAUCUGUCGCUGGAGGAAAGCGACUCUGAGGGACGGAAGAAGCGCACAAGCUUGUUUACCACCGUCGAUUUGACGCAGUACAACUUGACAGCUCAAGACGCAGCUGAGACAGCGCAAGUCAUUGAUCCGGUGAAUACGCUAGAAGAGAAGCUCCAAACCAAUAGCAAGUUCCGCGAUGACAUUGUGGACAGCGUUCAGCGCAAGUACAGCAAUACUUCCAGCCAGCGGAAAGACCUCAUCGCGCUAGAGCGUGAAAAUUUGAAGGAACUGAAGAAGAGUACCCAGGAGUAUGAGGGCACAUUCGAGCGGAAGCUGGGCGAUUUUAUGCUCCAGUUCGAUACGAUCGUACUGGACGAGGAGGAAUCGGAAGAGGAAGAGGAAGCCUACCCGGAGCUAACCGACGAGCACCAGGGAGUGAUCAAGCGGGCACUCUACGGGGGAUCACGUUCCGAGGUCAUCGUGAACAAGUUCAACAUCAGCAUUACCCGUAACGAUCUGGCCACGCUGAUCGGUGACAACUGGCUCAACGACGAGGUGAUCAACUUCUACAUGAACCUGAUGAUGGAGCGUAGCGAGCUCCGCGCCGACGACGGUCUUCCCCGGGUGUACGCCAUGAAUACGUUCUUCAUCCCGAAGCUGCUCUCGGCCGGCCAUUCCGGUCUGAAGCGGUGGACCCGGAAGGUGGACAUCUUCACGUACGACAUUAUUCCCGUGCCGGUUCACGUGGGCCGGGUGCACUGGUGCAUGGCGAUUAUCGAUCUGCGGAACCAAGCCAUCCGAUACUACGACUCGAUGGGGACGCCGAACAAUUCGGUCCUGAACGCGCUGGAACAAUACCUGCGGGACGAGUCGCUGGAUAAGCGAAAACGACAGUUCGACACCAGUGGCUUUACGAAGGAGAACAUGCGGGAAUGUCCCCGCCAGAUGAAUGGCAGUGACUGCGGGGUGUUUAGCUGUAUGUUUGCAGAACACGAGUCGCGGAACCGGUCAAUCGGUUUCAGCCAACAGCACAUGCCGUAUUUCCGACAGAAAAUGAUUUACGAAAUUUCCCAAGGACGAUUACUUACUUAGAAAGCGAAAGCGGGAAAACAGUGCGAAUGAGAGUGCGUGCGUGUGUCGUAAUGGCGAAGAAUUUAUUUUGGCGGGAGUGUCCCCCGGUUUCUUCCAUUCUCACCUUUUUUUUAUUUUGUUGGUAGAAUAAAGCGAAAGGAAAUUCGUCGGACAUGAAUCAAGUUGAAGAGAAUGUAGUGAGUAAGCUUAAUUUAUAAUAGUUUUCCAAGCAGGAACAUGAACUCGGUUUUGUUUUCGAAAAACAACUACGAUGCAUUGCUUCAAAACGGUGUGAAGCGGAUCCUCGUUUAUCACAACUUCUCUUAUCACGUUUCCUAUGGAAGAAUGUCUUUUGAGAAAAGUCCAGCGGGGCUUUUGAAAUGAACAAAAUAUGCAGCAAUUGUGAUUUUUGUAACCGAGUGCGAGAUCAACGGUUGGGUUUUCGGUUUCUCGCCUUCGUUACGCUCGGAAAGAGGACCGUAUAAUCGUUCUAAUAUGAUUGGUAUGAGACCGUCGAACUAUUAGGAUUGUUAGGCAGAAGAGAAAAAUCAUGCAAAGUGCUAGCUAAAGUCGGCAGAAUUAUCGAAAGAACGAAAUUGUAGGAAUGACGGAAUAAAUGUACAUUUGAAAGUAAUUUCAACCACUUUAA